CUCAGAGCAUUUAUAACACCAAACUGGAAGUUUCAUCAAACAGCAGCACUUCAGCUCAUUCUCUUUGUCUCUCCUGGUGGACGUCAGCUCAGAGUUGCUCAUCAUGGCUUUGUGUGUUGUGAAGGUCUCCUGGAUGGUCUUCCUCCUCUUCAGCAUUGGAGCUUGUCUUCCUGCUAAACAAGGUCAAAGUGGAUCAGGAUCAGGCUCCAGGUCUGGAUCAGGAUCUGGGUCUGGAUCUGCUGGUUUUGGCUAUACCAGCACUGGUGGUUCCAGUGGCGGUUCUGGAUCAGAGGGGAACCUGUUUGAACAGCAGCUUGCCACCAUUGCUCGCUUCAUUGCAGAAAUCCUGAGCUUCGGGCCCAGCCGUCCUUUCCCUCGUGAAGCCUGGACCUCUGAGCAUGUUCCUGUUGGGUCUGUUGAGCAGCGUCCUCUGUACCCUUCAUCCCACGUGGUCAAGACCAGCAGCGGCUACCAGCGAGCUCGGGACUUCAGUUCUGAUGCCAAAUACACCCAGGAUAUCUUUGACCACAUGGAUGUAGAUGGAGGCAAUAAAGGUGGAUCCUCCAAGACUGGAUCCAAAGGACAGAAGGGCUACUGAGGUGAAUGAUGGCAACAAUUCUUUGACGUAAUAAAUUUUAGUCUAAUACUUACUUUCCUGUGACUUUCAAUGAAAUACUUGAUCUCAAACUACAUAGACAAUGUUGUAUUUGGUAAAUCUUAAAAAGAAUUCACUCUCUAAACUACAGUCAAAUUGCCACUGCACUGUGACCUAGAUGAGUUUAAAUUUCUUUUGUUUUUGUGUACUGAACUAGGCGGGUGUUAGUGUUUUUGGAGAUAAAGCGGCGGCAGUCCACCAACCUACUCAAGUUGUACAGUAGCAGCAUGGGCCGGGAGCCUGGCAAUGACCAGACGUCAAUCUGACGGUCCUUGGCACAGUAGGCCCAAAUGGGGAGAUGGCAAUGUGCAAAACUGCUCUUGUGGGGUUUCAAACCCUGACCAUAAACAUGACAGUUUACCAGUGUAAUGGCAGUUCAUAGCAAUCGUAACCAGCUUAUAAAUUUUUCAGGCAGUCUUCAAAUUCCCUUAUGUAAACUAGUUCUAAAAAAAUUUGAUUUCAACCAGUGAAAUGUGUUCAGUUGAAGGUAGACUUUAUUUCAAGCCCCAAGUUUUCCUUUAGUCUUUGAAAUGUCCUUCAGGAAAGUCUACUCAAAUUGAUUUGAAUAAA